AUGCUGCCCAAAUUCGAGACUGAAUCACUGGGACUCACUCGAUCGUAUGGAGAACAAGGGCGCAUGCCAAGGAAUAUGCAAGCCCACCAGUUCAAAAUGAUGGACUACACCUAUGACGAAGACUUGGACGAGAUGUGUCCCGUGUGCGGAGACAAGGUUUCAGGGUAUCACUACGGACUACUGACCUGCGAGAGCUGCAAGGGCUUCUUCAAGCGCACCGUCCAGAACAACAAGCGCUACACAUGUAUAGAGAACCAGAGCUGCCAGAUUGACAAGACCCAGAGGAAGCGCUGCCCGUACUGCCGCUUCCAAAAGUGCCUCACCGUCGGCAUGAAGCUAGAAGCUGUGCGGGCGGAUCGCAUGCGUGGUGGUCGCAACAAGUUUGGCCCGAUGUACAAACGUGACCGCGCCCUCAAGCAGCAAAAGAAGGCGCUGAUCCGAGCCAACGGCCUGAAGAUUGAGGCCAUGACUCAGGUGAUGCAAGCCGUGCCCACCGACCUCACCAUCUCCUCGGCCAUCCAGAACAUCCACUCGGCCGCAUCCAAGGGCCUUCCACUGAGCCACCACCCGGGCCACCACACAGGUCACCACCACCACCACCACCACCACCAUCAUGCCACCGCCCUGCCCCCCACAGACUACGACCGAAGUCCGUUUGUCACUUCGCCGGUCAGCAUGGCAAUGCCACCACAUGCCGGCAGCCUGCAGGGCUACCAGGCGGCCUAUGGACACUUCCAGGGCACGCGCACCAUCAAGUCUGAGUACCCAGACCCGUAUACCAGCUCGCCAGAGUCUAUCAUGGGCUACGCCUACGUCGAUGCCUACCAGACAGGCUCGCCGCCCAGCUUCCCUCACUUGAUCGUGGAGCUGCUCAAGUGUGAGCCAGAUGAGCCACAGGUUCAGGCCAAGAUCAUGGCCUACCUGCAGCAGGAGCAGGCCAGCCGAGGCAAACACGAGAAGCUCAACACCUUCGGCCUCAUGUGCAAGAUGGCCGACCAGACACUCUUCUCCAUCGUGGAGUGGGCACGCAGCAGCAUCUUCUUCCGUGAACUCAAGGUGGACGACCAGAUGAAGCUGCUGCAGAACUGCUGGAGUGAACUACUCAUCCUCGACCACGUCUUCCGGCAGGUGAUGCAUGCCAAGGAGGGCUCCAUCCUAUUGGUCACUGGCCAGCAGGUGGACUAUGCAGUGAUUGCUUCACAGGCGGGAGCCACCCUCAACAACCUGUUGGGCCACGCCCAGGAGCUGGUGGCCAAACUACGCUCCCUGCAGAUGGACCAACGGGAGUUCGUCUGCCUCAAGUUCCUGGUCCUAUUCAGCCAGGAUGUAAAGAACCUGGAGAACUUCCACCUGGUAGAGAGCGUCCAGGAGCAGGUCAACGCAGCGCUGCUGGACUACGUCAUGUGUAACUACCCCCAGCAAACAGACAAGUUUGGCCAGCUGCUCCUCCGGCUGCCAGAGAUCCGAGCCAUCAGCCUACAGGCUGAAGAAUACCUUUACUACAAACACCUGAACGGCGACGUGCCCUGCAACAACCUGCUCAUUGAAAUGCUUCACGCCAAGAGAGCUUAG